GACUAGUCGUUAAUGUAGGCCAUGAUGCGGCACUGAUUUCAAACUGCCGCACAUUUCUGGAAAAGAUGAGAAUCCCUCAUGUCUUUAGUUCUCACUUUCGUUUGUUGAAAUAAUGUCAAAAUGAAUGUGAUUUCAAUGCACUUUCUUCCUGGAGAGGAACCCGUAAAUACUAAGUCGAUAGCUGACGGAAUCUUGACUCUUACAAACUAUCGACUUAUAUUUUCAACGAAAAGACCACAAAGCUCAUGGUGUAUACCCACUACUUUAGUAUGGAAAGCUGAAGCAUUUGAAAUGAUUCACAUCAAAAUCAUAACCAAAAUUGGUAUAUCUGUUACCUGGUCGUUUGUCGAUGAAAUUGCUUGUGAUGCUGGAUAUGCUCAUAUUACGUCAUUAAUAGAUAUACCAAAAGAUAUAGACUCUCUGUUUGCUUGUAAAUUCCGUUCAUCUUUAGAAGCGAACAUUCCAAAUCAUCCUUUUCUCUUAAGUGCCUGUGAAUUGUUGCAGAUUAAUGAUGUGGACAGAACUUUGGAUACAGCAUUAGUAUGUUUUGAAUUUCGUCGCAUGAACUUUGAUAAAACAUGGAAGAUAACAGAUAUUAACAACGAAUUCAAAAUUUGCUCCACAUACCCGAGACAUCAUAUUGUACCUCGAUCUAUUAGUGAUAAUGAUAUAAUUAAUAUGGCUAGUUUCCGAAGUCACAAUCGAUUUUUAACAGUUGUCUGGCGUUCUCAGGUAACUGGAGCUGUCUUACUUCGUUGCGCUCAACCUUGUGUAGGAUUAAUGUGUUCCAGAAAUGAGUAUGACGAGAAAUUUCUACGAACUGUUCUUGCUUGUUGUCCAAAGAAACCUGUUUCAGAUCCUAACAAAGAUACUCAUCGUUUGAUGAUUGUGGAUGCUAGAAGUCGUAGCAGUGCACAAUUUAAUCGAAUACGUGGUGGUGGUUUUGAAUAUCCAGAAUACUAUGAUCAAGCAGAAGUUGUUUUUAUGGAUUUACCUAAUCUACAUACUGUUCGUUCAAAUUUUGAAUCCCUAACUAAUCUAUUCGCUGGCAAAUGUCCUAAUUGGUUUUCUUCAUUAGAAAAAUCAUCAUGGUUAAAUAAUAUUGGCCAGCUAUUAAAAACUGCCACAGAAAUUGCUAUCGCAUUAGAAGAAAAUGCUCGUCCGGUUAUGGUUCAUUGCACAGAUGGUUGGGAUCGAACACCUCAAAUAAGUUCCUUAGCCCAAUUGUUAGCAGAUCCAUUUUAUCGAACAAUUCAGGGUUUCAAUAUUCUUGUUGAACGUGAAUGGCUACAAUUCGGUCACAAGUUUUCUGAUCGAAGUGGACAUGCUUCACCCUCACUAAACAUAAAUGAGCAAAGUCCAAUAUUUUUACAAUGGCUUGAUUGCGUCCAUCAAAUUCGCAACCAGUUUCCUCAUUGUUUUGAAUUUAAUGAAUCAUUUCUGCUAAAACUUGGCUUACAUAUCUGUUCAAACUUAUUUGGUACAUUUCUUUGUAAUUCUGAAAAAGAACGUCAAAAAGCUUCAGUCGCCAGUCGAACUUGCUCAUUGUGGGGAUUAUUAUCCUCAAAAUAUAAUUGGACAAUCGUAAAUUACUUUUAUGAGCCAGAAGCGGAGCAUCUUCUUCAACCGGAUUGCCAAGUUCGUUCAUUAAGUCUUUGGAGUGCUUUUUAUGGUAUUGCUUUGUCUACAAGUAAAGUAAAUCCUACCCUAGAUAUUCCUCAAGAUGUAAUUGAGGCAACACCAAAUAAUGCUCAUUCAGUUACAAAUUCAACUAUUUCAUCUACCAAACAUAAAUCUCUUCCAUCCAUCGAUCCAGCACCUCACAAGACCAAUUCCACUUCAAAUAUCAACUACGAAAAAUUGUCUCAACCUACAACUAACCUGUUAGGUGAUGACCACCCAUCUGAUUCAAUAAAGAUAACGGUACCAAAUUUAAAAAUUGAUAGUUCUGAGGAAGUGAACUCAGAUGGAAAUUUGUUUAUCAAAGGAUAUGCUUCUAGUCGAAACUCACAUCGGCGUUCUCUUGAUGAUAUUAAUAAUUACGUGGAUUCGAGAUCUAAUAAACAACAAUCUAGAGAAUUUUCUAUGUCGAAUCGUGUUUCUCCCACAAUAAUGAAAUCAUCAAGUCAAUGUUUUUUUGAAGAUAAUGUAUGCAAUGAGAAAAAUAGUCCUGGACCAGCAAUACUUCGUCUUUCUUCUCUAUCUGAUGAUACAGGUAUUUGUUCUGGUUUAUCAAAAUCAUAUAUGCGAUCUUUAUCAUCGCUUAUUAAUGGUAGUUAUCCUUUUCCCAAACAUUCAGAUAAAUGUCUAUCUCCUGAAUCAGGUCCUGCACAGUUAACAGUGAGUUCAUGUACGUAUGUUAAUCAAUUUCAACAACAAGAAUGUGUACUUUCUCCAGAUGAAAAUAUUGAUGUUUUUGCUUCUGAUGAACAGUUGGAACAGAACGAUUUCUCUUUUACUAAUCAUAAUAAUAAUUUAGAUAAUAUGAAUAGCUGUAGUAAUAAUCUCCUAUCUUCAGGUCGAUUAUACUAUUCACAAUUCAGUCAGCCUAUUCAAAAUUGUCAGUUUUAUGGAAAAUGUUCACCACUCUCUAUUUCACCAAGACAGUUCGAGUUCAAUGAUUGUGAUGAUAGCAAUCAUAAUCAUAGUGUCAAUCCUGAAUCAAAUAGCAAAAUACCUUUUAAUUUUAAUCUUGAUGGAGUACAAGGUGAUAAUUUUACUUAUAAUAGUCCACGAUGGUCAGUUACUACACGAGGAAGUAAUACAAGCCUUUAUGUGUUAUCAGAUGUGAAGCAAUCUUCCGCUGAACUAUUAAAGCCUGUUUCAAUUAAUUCAUCACAACCUAUGGACAUAAAAAUAUCUCGUAGAUUUGAUAUUCCUAACAGUUUAAUACCGAUUGGCAAUGGUUGUGUAUAUCCUAAUGAAUUUACGGUACAUAGUCUACCGGAAAAUGACGAAGUGCUUGUUAACGGGGCGGUAUCUCUCACAUCCGAUUCAGAUGAUUCUCCCAAUGAAUGUAAUGAUUUGAAUUUUUCGACACCUCUUGGAGAAUCAUUAUCUGGUCAAUUGUUAUCGACGAAUAAGACUGAAAUCUCUGUUUUUGGUCAUAACGGUUCCGAAAAAUUUCAAGAUAUUACUGGUACUAUAUCAAAAGUUAAUGAGGAAAGUCUAGAUGAGGCAUUUGUAACAAAACUGUCUGAAUUACUUAUUCCUGAGGAUUUGCUUGCUUGGCGAAACAAAUACUUCCGACUUGAAUAUUUUCCAAAUAUGCUUUCUCAGUCAUCCUCGUCAGUUUCUUGUGGCAGCAGAAAUUCGUCUUCCGGUCAAAUGUUUGACUAUUCUAGCAAUUAUAAUAGUAAAGCCCUGAAGCCAGGUGGAUCAUUCGACUCAAAAAGUCAUUCUGUAACGGUUAAUCCUAAAAUUUCUUUGCCUGAAUUUACUCGCAUUGCGACUAAUGAUGAUGAUGUUUACAAUCGACCAACAUCAGCCCCAAUCAGUCCAACUUCAGCUAUAUCCUAUUUUGCUUCUACACUACAUAAAAAUUCUACCCCUUUAAAUAGAGAAGUGCAUAAUCCUUCCAUCGAUCAAAACAUAUCAAAUGGUACAAAUGCUUUAGAGGAAAUUCAAAAGAAACCAUUAUCUUCUACAUUAGUAAGUUUUUCAACUUGAGAAACAGUUAAUCAUGUUCUCUUUCUAUCAUAAACAAGAUGACUUUUUCAAAGCACUAAUAUUUAAAUAUGUAUAAGACUAGAGCUAUUGAAUAUUCUUAAGCUCUAGUAAACUAAUAAAGUGAAUUAUUAAAGAUGCCCUUUUCAUUCAUUUAUUCAGUAACGUUCUACCUAUCGGAAUAUGCUGGUUAAUUUACAUCAUUCGUUCACGAAGCCUUAUGUGAAUUUUUCGACAAUCUGUGAAUCUCCCCAAGGCUUCUAUUGAUGACCAUUUUGUUAGUUCUGUUUUGUAAACUUGUAUUUCUGCUUGGUCGACCAUAAUUGUCUGCUAAUCCUGCCCUUUGUUUUUACCAUAAUGAAAGACCCUUCUUAUUUUUGUUCGUAGCUCUUUUAAUAUUCCGAUUUUGAACUUCCCAGAAAAUGGUAAAUGUGUUUAUACUUAUUUCCUUGGUGCCUAAAUCAAUCUCAUUCAAUCUCUAAUAAGUAUCCUGAGCAAGCUUUUGUUUUUUAGAUUAUCUGGGUUUUGUAGGGGAGUAAGGUGCUAUUUGUUCCUUGUCGCAGGCUAGAUGUGUGAGACCUAUAGUCCAUCUCACGAACCUGUACCUAAAUAGUAACUAUAUUGUGUUAUUUUUAGAUAUCUCAAUAAUCUAGGGACCCGCUAAUAAGCCGCCUCUUUUAUGAUGUCUGUUUGGUAUCGAGGCUAUAUCGUUUUCUUUCGUAUUUACCUAAGGUUUUGUAUCUUACCUUUUAUGACUGAUUGCGUUAUGAGGAAAGUUAGUGGUUCGAUCCUGACGAAAGACGGUGUGUCAAGCUUUUGAAUUAUUACGUUAGGAAUCCAUUCUUUUAUUCUAUCCUUUCUGAACUAUCAAGUAUAACAUCGUUUUCUCAUAAAUGUAUCAUAUUUUAUUAUUAUUACACUAACUUGACCGUUUAUACUCUUUUAAUUCAUUCAGUUUUUCCAUUUGUCUGCACUAGUUUUCAAAUGUAUUCAUAUGAUAGUUUUCGAGAAGCAUAAUAUAGUUUAGAAUAACUUAUCUGCCCUGUCCGUGAAAAUUUGUAUUUAAACGUGUCACUGUUUUCAUGAAUAGACCUCAACCUUUGUUCUGGCUUUUCUCUCUACAGUCAAGAUUAGAAGUUAAGAUAAAUAGUGGCUGACGUAGUAUCACACUUCUCAACAAGUGUAUUGAUCAUAUCACUAAUAUAUCUCAAUUUCCUAUGUACUUGCACCUAUUUCAAAGCUAAUUGUUUAAUUCUUCUAUGAUAAAUAAGCAUUCAAUAAAUACUAAUCAUAAUUAAAUUUAUUUUCACAUUACAUUAUUUCAUAUUGAGAACAAAUUUAUAGCGUGUCUCGUCUUACCAACUGCGAAUAUUGAAGUUUUUCAUUUAUUAGAAACUGAUAAAUACAAAUAAAAUUUUCCACAUUCUUACGAUGAAUUCGUCCAAUUAUCCAAAGCACUAGGUUAAUAUAUUCACCCAUAUCAGCGUAGUAAUCAUCGAGGUAUAAUACUUCUAUUUAUUGUGAUAUUAGUUUUAGUUACACGCUAGUUCUGGAGCAUCGUCUCUGUCUUAAAAAAACUACUAAACCGAUUCGUAGUUCCACUCAGAACAGUUAAAAGACACUUGCGUCAACGUCAUUGUUCGGUGGAUACUCAUUGAGUAUAUACUAUAUUCUUUUCACAACUCUUUACGAGAUAAAUAAUCUAUUUACUAAAAAAAACUUUAAAUUCAUUUUAAUGUUUGAUUACUUAGAUUAAGUAGUAAAAAUGAUUCCAUCGAUUGUUGCUGUCUUGAGCUAAUCAUUGAAAAUUUCAAAUAAAUUGGUCUUCCAUCAACAUUACUCUUCAAUUUCUAGAUGUUUCUGAAAAACUUUUAUUCAGUGGUGAUUGGACAAAAUGUUUCCUAGCGUUUUCAGGGCCUCUGAGGUUUUUUUUUUGAGGAAUAUUUUACAUCUCUCCAACACUAUUGAUCCUUAGCUGAAUGAAGCUCAUUGAUAAUAAAUAAAUAAACUCAUUAUUCAAACUCAUCUGAUUACUCUAAAUUAUGGUGACAAUAUUACUUCGUUACUUGGUCGAAUGAAAUUUGGACUUACAUCUAGAUUGUUGCAAAUCAAUUAUUUUGAUUAUUGAUUUGGAAUCUCAGUAGUGAUAAUUAAAAUUUUUCUCAAUUGUUUCAAGAUCACUAGUUUCAUCAGCUAAUUUUUUGUCAACAGUUUUACUCUGCUUUUCAAAAUUUGUCAUUUGCCUGUAAUGUUUAGAACUUAUCGGUAAUCAUUUACGCAUAGUUUCUUUUGUGUUUCCAAUUUGAUAUUUACAUGACUCAUGUUUAUUGUGAACUAACCGCUACGCACUUAUUAAUACAUCUGAUAUAUUCCCUAAUAAUUUCAUCUUUUAAAUUGUAAUAUUUGAAUUAUAAUGUACGUAUAGUGUUUCUCCUCAGUCAGUAAUCUGACUUUUUAACAAUCCUAACUAGUCAUUGCUAUACUGAGUCCAAGUUAAAAAUUUGUUGAACCAUAGAAAUUAUAUUAUGCUUACGUAGUACAUUGUCAAGUAAUCUAAUGUACUAUAAACACAACUAACAGUAGUUAUUUAUCAUAUUACUAUAUUCCAGUUAAAAAUAAUUAUCAAUUACGGUAAAAAAGUAAUUCAAUAUAUAUUCUCUUUAUUACAGUGAUCUGAUCCAGGUGAAUGUAACACUGUGUUGAUAAAUACGACUCAGAAAAUCACAUUUAUUAGCCGGAUAAUACUAAAGAUACUAAUAAGAAUAAUGGAUAUGUUAGUGAAAAAUAUUUGUUGUGUCAAUAACUUAAAGACUUAUGUACAAUCACCUUUUAGUUUCCGUAUGUUUUUGUAUAAAGGUAAACCAAUAAGUUUUUUAAUUCUGUAAUCAUACAGCUGGAUCACUGAGUUUCAACUACUUUGUCUGUAUAGUCUCUAAACAAUAGAAUAGGCCGUCAUAACUAAGCACUGAAUGUACCGAUUUUCUGUAAUUAUUUCUUGUUAAAAUUUACCAGCCAGCAUUUUUCGCUCACAGUCACACGUAACAAAUAAAUGCGACUAAAUUAUAAUCAGUUAUUUGAUUCAGUAUAUGACUGUAAAGUUGCAUUUAUAUAACUUACAAUCUGUUUCUCACUAUGUUUACAUAAGGCUAUCGGUUGUUUCGGAAGUUAACAGCUGUACAUCAAAUAUAUACUUAAGGCUUAUUUUAGUAUCCUUUUUUGUUCUAAUAAUAAGUUAGAGAUUAGAUUGACCGUCCCUAAUUUGUAUUUGUUUUUCAGAUGAUACUGAACUUUGAUUAAAUGUCUUAAUCUAAGACAUUGUUUUUUAAAAAAAAAAACACUAAACUGUUUUGAUUGCUCUUCAAACUAUUUGUUUGGAAAGCUUUUUAAAGUGUAUUAUUAACACUUUGUUUUCAUCAGUAGUAGUUACACAGAAUUAUAUCACAUGAUAUGUACUCAUUAACCAUGUGUUUCUGUUAAAUCGAUAAUCAAUUAUUGUACAGCAUAUUUAGACAUUUACAAAUGCGUACGUACUUAUUACGUAAACUGGAAAUCCCGGAUAGAGUGGAUAUUAUAUAUGUAGAAGGACAGCUGACAGACUCGUUCGAAGUAAAGACCAGUGUCAGGAAAGGUUGCUUACUCUCACUCUGUCUCCUGGUGAUCGACUGGAUCAUGAAAACGUCAACAUCUGAAGGGAAACACGGUAUACAGUGGACACCUAGGAUUCAGUUAGACGAUCUAGACUUCGCAGAUAGUCUGGCCCUCCUAUCGCAAACGCAACAACAAAUUCAGGAGAAGACGACCAGUGUAGCAGCAGCCUCAGUAGCAGUAGGUCUCAAUAAACCAGAGCCCAAUGGAGGAAGAAAUCAGGAAGAAGC